AUGGCUGAGGUUAGGCCCAUCUUAAAAGAAGGCGAUCACGAAGCUAGUAAGUACAUGUCGACCACAACCGUCCUAUGUCACUUUUACCUAUACUAUCUAAGGUAUGUGAACGAACUGCAUUAAAUUAAUUCCUUCCAUAUCUUGAAUUACAUGAUCGAAUAUCUGUGAAGCAGAGUGGCAAUAGGAAAUCGCACUCCACUGAAACAACUUUGAUACAUACAACAGAUGUUAUUUUGAUUGCUAUCGAUAAACAGAAAGUGACCGCUGUGUCGCUUUUGGAUAUGAGCAAGGCGUUUGACAGUUUGAGUCAUGGGCGGAUUCUUCUAGACAAAUUGCAAGAUGUCGGCGCUUCGACAUCCGCCUUAAAGUGGUUCGAAAAUUAUUUGUCCAAUAGGAAACAAGUAGUCCGCACUAAUUCUGCAGUCUCUAAUUUAUUGCCUGUGGUCAGCGGUGUCCCACAAGGCAGUAUAUUGGGGCCACUCUUAUUUACGAUAUACGUUAACGAUUUGUCAACUGUCACUAAAAAUAGUUCAUCCGAAUGUUAUGUCGAUGACAUCAAACUGCUCAUGUCAUUUCGUGUUCAUGAAUGUAAUAACACUGUCAUUGCCAUGAACCAAGAUCUUCUUGGUAUUCGCAACUGGUGUUUUGACAACCGUUUAUUGUUGAACCCAGAUAAAACUAAACUGAUUGUAUACGGAAGUAGACAGAUGAUGGACAAGUUACGGGAAUUUCACCUUUCACUAUUGGGAAACGAUUUAGUACCAGUACAGACUGUGAAGGACCUCGGAGUGACCUUUGAUAAAACUUAA